GUUGGAUAUAUGUACUACGUAUGCAAAUGAGCAUCAUCUGAUAUACAACACCAAAAAGAGUGUCGUGAUUACAUUCAAGCAGAGGCGAUGGAAACACUCUAGUGAAUUAGAUGUCUUUUUCAAUGGCAAUAGAUUACCAAACAAGGCGGAAAUAACACAUUUGGACGUUGUCAUGAAUGGUUGCUGUACGGUACAGAGCACAUUGGAGGGUAGAAAAAGAAAAUUUUAUGCUGCUGUGAAUGGUGUCAUUAGCCGACUUGGUGGAAGUUGUCCAAAAGAUAGCGUUUGGACAAUCAUGGAAAGGCAACUAUUUCCAGUUGUUGCGUAUGGAAGUCAUUUGUGGAAUUUUGAACGAAGUAUAGUAGAGACGUCUGUUAACACAGCGUAUCGAAAAGGUAUUCGUCGUGGGCUUGGUAUGAGACAAAGAGACUCUAUAGAGGAAAGAAUUCCAGAAUUUGUUGAGGCAUCUCUUAAGAUGAAAAUACUACAGGCUAAAUUUCUUGAACGGGUCAUAGAUUCAAGAAAUGAACUUGUGAGAGGACUGGCUUUGCUAAUAGUUAGACAUAGUUAUCCUGGACACGGAUUGGAUAUGGUAGAUGGUAAUAUUUUUACGUGUAGAUUAAAUGAUAUUGUGUGUUAGUUAUGUCAUUUGUCUACAUGUGUGUGUGUGUGUGUGUGUGUGUG